AUGAGCUUCGUCCCCCGCCGCGGUCUCUCGACCCUCAUUCCCCCCAAGGUGCGCUUCUUCUCCCUCCGGCCGGCCGACGACCGGCAGGUCGACCUGAAUGACUUUACUGACGCCCUUGGCGCGGACCCCAACGCCGUUCGCAUGCAGCGCGUUGUCAACUUCUACGAGAAGCUCCCCCGUGGUGCCGCCCCCGAGGCUAAGCCCACUGGCAUCCUCGGCCGCUACGCCGCCAAGCACUUCAGCGGCAAGAACGCCUCUGCGAAGCCCAUCAUCCACGCCCUUGGCUUCCUCCUCGUCAUCGGCUACGCUCAGAACUACUACUUCCACCUCCGCCACCACAAGAACAAUGCUCACUAA